GGCCGUGCCGCGUGCGCCCCGGCCAGGCGGAGGGACAGUCAGGCCUUCCCGCCCUGGCCCGGUGAUUGAUCAGCAGCGGUUACUGAGCCUCUUAAAGGUUCGCUUGGGUGGGAAUUAAUUCUGAGAUGGAUAAAUAAUGCACUGAGGUUUACAUAGUCCAAGGCAAGCCGUCGGUCCGGAGCCAGGAAAGGCAGCCGAGGGAGCCUCGCUGGUGACGCCAGCGGCCAUGGGGGCCCGAGCGGGGCAUGAGGGGCAACUGGGCCAGAGGAAGAGAAAAGGGAAGUGGAUGACAGCAUGAUCGGCCCAGCGAUUCCGUCCAGGAGGCGGCAGGAACAUGCUGAGCCCAAAGAUGAGGCAAGCCAGGAGGGCCCGCUCCAAAAGCCUGGUGAUGGGGGAGCAGAGCCGGAGCCCUGGGCAGACACCCUGCCCCCGCAGGCUGGGCCCCGUCCUGAAGGCGGGCUGGCUGAAGAAGCAGAGGAGCAUCAUGAAGAACUGGCAGCAACGCUGGUUCGUGCUGCGUGGGGAUCAGCUCUUCUACUACAAGGACAAAGAUGAGAGCAAGCCCCAGGGCUUUAUUUCUCUACAAGGGACCCAGGUGACUGAACUUCUUCCUGGCCCUGAGGACCCGGGAAAGCACCUCUUUGAGAUCAGCCCAGGUGGUGCCGGGGAGCGGGAGAAGGUGCCGGCCAACCCCGAGGCGCUCCUGCUCAUGGCCAGCUCCCAGCGGGACAUGGAGGACUGGGUGCAGGCCAUCCGCCGGGUCAUCUGGGCCCCGUUUGGCGGAGGGGUCUUUGGGCAGCGCCUGGAGGACACAGUCCACCAUGAGCGGAAGUAUGGCCCGCGCCUGGCACCCCUGCUGGUGGAGCAGUGUGUGGACUUCAUCCGGGAGCGCGGGCUCACCGAGGAGGGCCUCUUCCGCAUGCCUGGCCAGGCCAACCUGGUGAGGGACCUGCAGGAUUCCUUCGACUGUGGGGAGAAGCCACUGUUUGACAGCACAACAGACGUGCACACGGUGGCCUCCCUGCUGAAGCUCUACCUGCGGGAGCUCCCCGAGCCUGUGGUCCCCUUCGCCAGGUAUGAGGACUUCCUUAGCUGCGCCCAGCUGCUCACCAAGGACGAGGGGGAGGGAACUCUGGAGUUGGCUAAACAAGUGAGCAGCCUUCCCCUGGUCAAUUACAACCUGCUCAGAUAUAUCUGCAAGUUUCUGGAUGAAGUUCAGUCCCACUCAGAUGUCAACAAGAUGAGCGUCCAGAACCUGGCAACUGUUUUUGGACCUAAUAUACUUCGGCCACAGAUAGAAGACCCAGUGACCAUCAUGGAAGGCACUUCUCUGGUGCAGCACCUGAUGACCGUCCUGAUCCGCAAACACAGCCAGCUCUUCACUUCGAGGACCACGGAAGGGCCAGCCUCCCCACGCGGGAGCCCACCAUGCACCGUGGGAUGGGGCUCCGAGGAGGUCACCAGGGACAGCCGGGCAGAGCCUGGCAGCCCCGGCGCCCCCGGCCUGCCCUCGCACAGGACCUCUUCUCUGGAUGGGGCUGCCGUGGCGGCAUUCUCUAGAACCUCUUCCACGGGCCUGGGUAGCCGAAGCAGCCCUGCUGCCACCAGCCCUGGGAAGAAGGUGCAGACUCUGCCCAACUGGAGGUCAUCCUUCAGGCAGUCAGGGUCCCGGUCGGGGAGCCCGAAGGUGGGCACCUCAUCCCUGGAGGUGCCCAUCAUCUCCUCCGGAGGGAACUGGCUCAUGAACGGGCUAUCCUCCCUGCGAGGCCACCGCCGGGCCUCAUCGGGAGACCGGUUCAAGGACUCAGGCUCCGAGCAGAGACUCUCCACCUAUGACAACGUGCCUCUGUCCAGCCCCUUUCCCAGCACACCCAGCGUGGCCAGCAUGCCAUGGUCUGGGGCCUCCUCCGGCGAGGCCUCAGCCAGGGGCUCGGUCAGCAGCUGCACAGCGUGCAGGGCCAGUGACUCCUCUGCCUGCAGCUCCCUCCACACUGAGGGGGCCCUCGAGCCCUCCCCUGUCCCCAGCAGCAGCGAGGAGUGCAGAUCCCCAGACCCGGACCACGGCCUGGACAGGGUGGGCGCCUGCAUCAGCAGCAGUGAGCCCAGUGACCCAGGCAGCCCCACCCAGGACCUCGCCCACCGUACUGAGGCUCUCCAGGGCCUGGUCACGGAGCUCAGGUCAGAGCUGUGCCGGCAGAGGACUGAGUACGAGAUGAGUGUGAAAAGACUCGAAGAAGGUAGUGCUGACCUGAGGAAACGAAUGUCACGGCUAGAAGAAGAACUAGACCAGGAAAAGAAAAAGUACACAAUGCUGGAAAUAAAGCUGAGGAACUCGGAGCGGGCACGGGAGGAUGCAGAGAAGAGGAACCAGCUGCUGCAGAAGGAGAUGGAGGAGUUUUUUUCAACCCUGGGAAGCCUGACUGCUGGGGCAAAAGGUGCCAGAGCACCGAAGUAAAGGAAUGGGGGGAGUUCGCUGCUGCUGCUCAGCUUGCCCUCCCUAACCUCCUGCAGCCUCGGGAGGAAGCAGAGCCUCUGCAGCUUGGACCUGUGCCUCAGUGGUGCCAGGAGAUCUGGUGCCAGCAGAUCUGGUGCCAGCUGGAGAGAGCAGUCCUCACACCCCUUGUCGGGAGCCCGAGCCCCGCUCUGGAUCUGGAUGCUGCUCUGAGUAGGGUGUGGCAGGCGUCAGAGGGGACAGUCCCGUGGCUGCCCAAACAGGUGGCACCUGGGAUCUGAGUAGCUCACCGGGACCUUUUUGCAUUCUUUAUUAAAU